AUGAUGGCGUUGAAAUCGCCGAUGCUGCCGUCCCCAGAUCGCAACCUCAUGUCGGCUUUCUCGCCGUACUCGGAAUCGCCCACGUCGCCAGCGCCGUUCAGAUCUCCAAUUACGAGUACCCACAGCCGGCCAUUGUCCAACGAACACGCCAGAUCCCUCCAUCCUCCCAAUCAAUCUUCCCCACUAGCCUCAAGUCCCAGUGACAUUCCUGACCCCUCACCUAUCGCUACCUCUUCAAACGGCACCGACACGACCGACAUUGACGAUACAGGCAUAGAGAAUGAAGAUUUAGAUCCUACACCAAUGCCACCAGAGCCCCCAGCGCCCUUAAGGUCUACAGAACCGGCAUUGAAGCUCGAAACUGCCAACGCGGCUUCAGAUGCUCGAAAGCCACGAUCAGACGAUGACGAACAACCAAGCUCGGUCAUACAUGCCCCGCAAGGCUUCGACGCAUUUUCGCCCCCUUCGCUACAUCGUUCCAUGCCAACUUCUUCCCAAGCAUCUGACAUUGUCAUUGUACCGCCUCCGGAAGACAAUGGAGGGGACAAGAAAUUCUCGAGCAGUCCGAGCUCGCCGCCUCCCCUACAAACUUCAAUAGCACCAAUUACAAGAGAUUGGUCGGCUACCCCUAGAGCGCAAACAAGACCAGAGGCAGAGGCGCAGACAUUAGAGCCCAAGAAACCUAAUAAUACUUCACGGUCGAGCUCGCGGUCGAGCAAUCUCGAAGAUAUACCAGAAGCAUUGGAUACCGAAAUUAACGAUGACCUGACUCCCAACCACCACACUUCCCUUUUUGAUCACACCGUCGAACGGUUUCAGGAAACUGCGGACGAAGUUGCAGCCCUCAAGAUCGCGCUCAGCGAGUGUUGGACACUAUGCAAUACAUUAGCUGGCUUGAGCUAUAUACAUCGCGAGAGGAUCUUCAGUGACGAAAGGUCGCAUUUUAGCUUCUCCGCCAAAGGUGACAUGCAAGAACAGGCCUGGAAAUCAUGUUGGAAGCUUUGCCAGAAGCUGUACGAAACACGAGACGAAGAGAUAGCCACUCAGGUCCGACCCACACUGGAUCUCUGCCGCGACUUUUGCCAGUGCCUUUUUGAAGUACGGCGGCGGGACAACGACGUCGCUGACUCCGUCCUACGGGUCAGCUUCGAGCUCAACAACCAUCUAUACAAUACUCACGACCGAACACUGCCGGAAGCCUUUCGAGAACGGACCUUGGACUUCUACAUAACGCUCUGCCACCGUCUGAUGAAACAACGCUCCGACCUAGCCCGAGAAACAGACUCCCUUCUCGAAGCCUGCUGGUCCCUCGCCGAAAUGCUCUUCAGCCUCCGCCAAAACAAACGAGAAGGCAAACCCGCCGAUGAAGAACUCCUCGGCUCCGCUGUCCAAGCGUGCUGGGAACUCUGCGACCUUUUCAGAGAAGGCUGGACCCAGAUACGACCGGACCGCGGCACGCCUCGACCCAGCCAAACGACCUUCACACAGGCUUUCCAGCAAGCAAAACAAUCACAAGUAGCCGCCUCCUUCGCCCACGUCCCCGAUUCAUAUUACGAGUCCGAAGAGGAGGACUUUGGCCGUGCGAACCCCGAAACCCCCACCACCGUCUUUGAAGACACGGUGCAAGAUUCUCCAGACGAAGGCCCCGUGCCCAAUAUACUGGUUCUCGGACCCUCAGACCAAAAUAACCGCCAACAACCAGGGCAACACCAACCGCAAUGGUCCUCGUCCUCUAGCAAUUUGAGCGGCUACUCCCAAUCCUCUGGGCGUACGACCUCCUCAACUUCCACAAUCAUCAACCCCGCCAGUGGCCUGCCCAAUGCCGAAGACGCACGUCUCACAUGUCUGAGAUUGCUCAUCGUAAAAGCAGCUGCAAAUACAGGAUUUCAACGCUCCUCCCCCACCACCCUCGCCUCCUUCGUCAAGUCCGUGCCGUCCAAUUCCUUCGGAACGCAGCCCUGGCAGUCUCAACUUUUACAAGAUUACAAGAAAGCUGUGGCGAGCGAUCCAGCAUUAAGGAAUCCUGGGCCAGUGCGAAGAGCCAGGGCUGCGGAUGUAGCAAGGAGUGUGAGGUGGAUGGUUGGGAGUCAUGGGCAAUAUACUUGGCUGAAAGAUUUAUUUAGGUUGGUGUUUGGAUUCCAAGUUGAAGAUGCCGAAGGCAGGGAAGGGGUGGUUAUACAGAGUUGA